AUGGAGCCAACGAACACUAACAACAACAACUUGUGCUCGACGUCCUCCGACUCCUGCUCCUCGGACUCUUCCUCCGCGGGCCGGGGCGGGCCCAGGCCCGACCGGAUCAAGGGCCCGUGGAGCGCGGAGGAGGACCGGAUCCUGACCCGGCUCGUCGACCGACACGGUCCGAGGAACUGGUCCCUCAUCAGCCGCUACAUCGACGGCCGGUCGGGGAAGUCCUGCCGGCUGCGGUGGUGCAACCAGCUCAGCCCCGCCGUCCAGCACCGCCCCUUCUCCCCCGAGGAGGACGCCGCCAUCCUCGCCGCCCACGCCCGCUACGGCAACCGCUGGGCCACCAUCGCCCGGCUGCUCCCCGGCCGCACCGACAAUGCCGUCAAGAACCACUGGAACUCCACCCUCAAGCGCCGCGCCGGUGGCUUCGGCGGCGGUUCCGGACCGGAGGCGGCCGUGUUCCACCAGCGGGCGGCGUCGGAGGGGAAUUAUAAUUAUAGCCAGGAGUGCUGUUGGAAUUACGGCGGGAGCGGCGAUGUGGAGAUGAUGGCGGCCGGGUCGCCAACGGCGGAGGAGGAGGAGGCGUUGACGGCGCUGACUUUGGCGCCGCCAGGGAUGGGGAGCGGUGGUGGUGGUGGGGGGCUGGGGAAUGCGGUGGCGGAGGAGAGGAGGGCGGAGAGCUUGCCGGCUGGGUUUUGGGACGUUAUGAGAGGCGUGAUUGCGAAGGAAGUGAGGGAGUAUGUGAAUUCUACGCUGUCGGAGAGCCCGACAACGACGUCGACGACCGCCGCGGCCGCCGCUAGUUUUUUCCAUUAA